AUGAAGGUUGCUUUUGAGUUAAUUGAUGUGAAAAAUGUACAAGACAGACCCGACGAACCGCAAUGUCUGAUGAAAAACGUGAUUAGAAUGCAUAUGCCCGCGAGCGGUCUUGCAUACGUACACAAUAGCUGGCUAAUCACGUCUACAAACUAUGUUAGUGAACAUUGCUCACAGCUAUAUACAGUCAACGACGGUAUCAGUGUGGUUGCAAAGAUCUUCACGUCCAUAGUAUUUGUAAUAACUGUCGGGUUAUCAGUUGUUGGAAAUAGCAUUGCUAUCUGUAUUUUAUCCUCUGAAAAUCGUGUUAGAACAAGCUUUAAUACGUUUCUCAUUAACCUCGCUGUAUCGGAUCUGGCUAUGGGAGCGCUAUGCAUGCCGUUCACUGCAACCGCGAUGUUAGUUGGAAAUUGGCCAUUUGGUGACUUCAUGUGUCCAUUUGUGAGUUUCAUGCAACAGGUGUCUGUGACGGUUAGUAUAUUUACAUUAACUGCAAUUGGCUUCGAUCGAUACUUAGCUGUAGUUGAACCGAUGAGAAACCUUAGACCAUCUUCUCUACCAAGACUUGUUACUGCGUUUAUAUGGUUAAUAUCAUCCGUAUUAGGCAUAUUCCAACUUGUCACUGCCAGAACCAAGGCAUAUCCCAUGGAUACAGGCGAGGUGAUUUAUGAUUGCGACGAACGUUGGAAUAAUCAGUUACUGCAGAGUGUCUACGAAGUAUUUGUUAUCUUUGCAACGUACGUGAUUCCGCUUAUCAUAUUAUCUGUGUCAUACACGGCUGUAGUGAAAGCUCUUUGGGCAAGAGAAAUACCAGGGAAUAAUGACAAAAAGCGUGAUCGGCGAUACCGAAGAUCGAAGAAAAAGGUUACAAAGAUGCUGGUGGCAAUCGUAAUUAUAUUUGCAAUAUGCUGGUUACCGCUACACUGUUUAAUAUUAGCAACUGUUUUCGAUAUUACCAUUUUGGAGGAUCCUAACAACCGUACCGUCAUCAUUAGCGUGUACUUGUUCGUGCAUUGGCUUGCGAUGGCUAACAGCUUUAUCAAUCCAUUCGUAUAUACCAUUUGUCAUGACGGAUUUCGA